AUGACGGCCAAAGAUAAAGAAGAGAAUCUGAAUGCGGUAUUGUUGUUGGAUGAAAAGAAAGUUACAAGUCCGCCAACAACUGAUAACACUGUCGAACAGUAUGUUAUUUUAUUAUGUUUUCUUAUCUUUUCUUUAGGGUUCAAGGCUUAUCAACGAAAGAUUAUGUCAUCGUAACUGUUUUGUUCGCCAUCAACCUUCUGAAUUACAUGGACCGGCUUACUACAGCUGGUUAGUACAUUAAAUUAUCAAAUGACACCUCUUUUUUUAAAUAUGAGAUCUGUUAUAAUCCAUAUACCAUGUGUAAUAUAAGACCCGAUCGUUUUAGGCAUCUUAACGUCUAUCCAAGCCUUUUACAACCUCCACGACUCAGAAGCAGGCCUUAUUCAGACAAUAUUCAUCGUUGUUUUUAUGUUAUUUGCGCCUUUAUGGGGCUAUCUUGGAGAUCGGCAUAAUCGUAAAUGGCUGAUGACUAUUGGAUUAGCCAUGUGGGUGGCAGCUGUGUUACUCUCAUCUUUCUGUCCUCCAAAAGUAAGUUAAGUUUCUAUUUGUUUCUUUUUAUUUUAGAUGUUCUACAUGUUCCUGUUGUUACGUGGAAUUAUGGGUAUUGGAAUGGCUUCGUAUUCAAUUAUCGCGCCUACUGUAAUCGCCGACUUCUUCGUAGCGAGUAGAAGGAGUAAUGUCCUCAUGUUUUUCUACUUUGCCAUUCCUAUUGGGAGGUGAGUCCUUGUGUUAUUCUGUAUAUGACUUAUCUGAUCUGUAACAUAUCUCAUUUUUUAUGUGUAGCAUAACCGUCCUUGUGUUUCAGCGGUCUUGGUUACAUGGUGAGUGGACUGGUCGCUGGACUGACGGGUGAUUGGCAAUGGGGAAUAAGAGUUACCUCGUUCUAUGGUUUUGUCUGCAUAUUGGCUAUUAUUUUCGCUGUUCCCGAGCCAAAUAGGGAGAGAUCCUCAGAGAAUGAUGAGAAUCUGGACUCGUCGUAUCUGCAUGACAUCUUUUAUCUUCUUAAAAAGUGAGUUAGUCCACAUACUCUCACCAAGUUUGUAGUAAAACUUAUGUUUUCUCGACUCUCGGGGUGACUUUUGUUAUGUUUGUGGCCGGAACUUUGUCUUGGUGGGUUCCCACAUUGAUUAAUCAUGCUGUCGCUGCAAAGCAAGGUCUUAAUGAUACCAGUUUGCUUGCCAAGGAGUACACAGAAGCGUAAGUUUGUAGCUUAAUCGGCAAUUGAUAUUAUCAUUCAGGACUGGUCUCUACUUUGGAGCAAUCACUUGCAUCUCCGGCCUUGUUGGAGUUGGUCUCGGAUCAAUUUCUUCUAGUCUGUGGAAAUCAGGAUCCCUGUGUUUUAUGGGCAAGAAGACCAAGCGAGCGGAUGCCUUGGUUUCUGGUAUUGGCUCGGCCGUCGCUGCUCCAUUACUUCUGAUAAUUUGCAUUAUCAUCUACUCAAAUAUGACACUCGCUUGGGUAGGUUACUAACGUAAAUAAUAUCGUCACUCUUUCUAGAUCUUAAUUUUGUUCAUGAUUACUGCCAUUUGCCUGAACUGGGCGAUCGCUGUCGACCUUAUCUUAUACAUCAUACCUCCAUCCAAAAGAGGAGCUGCCACCGCUUUCCAAACCUUCAUUGGGCAUGCUCUUGGUGAUGCGUCAGGACCUUAUAUCAUCGGAAUCAUAUCUGAUUGGGUUCGGAAAGAUGAUGAGAGUCCGUAUGGGAAGUUCCACUCGCUGAUCAUCUCCUUUUACGUCCCAAAUGUGUUGUUGGUCCUGAGUGCCGUUGGUUUCUUCAUCUCUGCAUACACAUUGAGUGGGGAUCUGAAGAACUUAGAAGGUCAAAAGUAAGAACUAGUUGAUUAAAUCACAUAUGUUUUCAGUUCAUCCAAAUCGAACGAAGUCGAGGGAUCGGACGAGAAGAAGGAUGUCAUCUCGUUGUAA